AUGACGAUCGUUAACCUCGACCCGACCAGCCUGAAAUUCGGCAUCUUCUCGAAGGAUGAUAUCCUAAAAAUUAGCAUUAUGAAAGUGCUCCUGCCACGCUCGUUUGAUGAUAUGGGGCUUCCUGUACGAGGUGGCUUGUACGAUCCUAUUAUGGGCCCGACCGCGUUUGGCGAAAUCUGUACCACUUGCACCCGUAAUUUUGCCGUUUGCGAAGGCCAUUUCGGUCACAUCGAAAUUGAUCUGCCCGUGUAUAAUCCUUUCUUCGUGCAAACGUUACACGCCCUUCUGCGUAGCAGUUGCAUGUCCUGUGCGCGGUUUCAGCUGAAACAUGAAGUGAAAGCAUUGGUUGAACUUCAGCUCCGCUUAGUAGAUGCGGGUUACAUCGUCGAGGCGGAGGAAGUUGAUGUUUUCAAAUCACAACUGCAAAACAACGCUACAGCCGAAAUUCCGGGUGAAAUAAAAUACUACGAGGAAUUACUUCUCAAUGAACCCUACAAUAAAUUGGGAGAUACGAAGCUCUCCAUCGGCAUAAGAACGGACAUCGUUAAUAGUGCUCUAAAGAAAGCACUAAAAUGUUGUAUGCACUGCACUAAACCGAUACAAAAGGUUAGAAUGUCGGAAGGAAAGCUAGCGAUUCGCUGGUCGCAAGCAGAUAAACAAAACUUUUAUAAAGACAAAGGGGAAGAAAAACCCAACGAUGAGCAAAUGAAAGCCUCGAACGAGGUUAUAAUUGCUCGAGAAUGUCAAAUGUUCCUUCGGAAACUUUACGAGGCGGAUGGCACGCUUAUGGACUUGCUCUUCCCGAUGCUAUCGUCGAAGAAGCAAACCCAACAAUAUCCAACUGACAUUUUCUUUAUGGAAGUCAUUCCCGUUCCUCCGCCGAAAGUUCGUCCUGUACGUCGUUCAGAACGUGGGAAAAGGACUAUGGUUGUCGAACACCCACAGUCGGUGCUGUUGCGAGACGUUCUACUAGCAAACAGCACCGUGCGGGCAAUUCUAGUAACGAACAAGCAACAUGCUGAAUCCGAAGAGACGAUACCAGAGGCGUUGUUAAGCAGCAUGAAGCGCGUCUGCGAAGUAACCAAGGGUGAGACAGUACACGAAAAAUUGUAUCACGCCUGGUACCAACUGCAGACAAAUGUCGAUUCCCUGCUGGACGCAAAUCAAGCGAAAAAGAACACGACAAAGGAACAGUUUGGAUUGAAACAAUUGAUUGAGAAAAAGUCCGGCCUAAUACGAAUGCACAUGAUGGGCAAGCGCGUUAAUCACGCCGCUCGUACCGUCAUUACUCCAGAUCCCAAUAUUGGUAUCGAAGAGAUCGGUAUACCGAUACGAUUCGCCAAGAAGCUCACCUACCCCGUGCCAGUGACACCCUGGAAUGUGACGGAACUGCGCCAAUGGGUACAGAAUGGUCCGGACGUCUAUCCCGGUGCGAACAUGAUCGAAGAUACCAACGGACGGGUAAGCAAAAUUCCCGCCAACAAUGCCACCCAACGGAUGUCACUGGCUAAAACAUUGCUAACUCCCCACGGAGCUGAUGAUAGUGGGGAUGAUUCGAUUAAGAUUGUUCACCGGCAUCUACAAAACGGUGAUAUCCUGUUGCUUAAUCGUCAGCCGACACUGCACAGGCCGAGUAUAAUGGCACACCGGGCAAAGAUCCUUGCGGGUGAAAAGAUUUUCCGUCUGCACUAUUCGAAUUGCAAAUCGUACAAUGCCGAUUUCGAUGGUGAUGAAAUGAACGCUCACUUGCCGCAGAAUGAAGUGGCACGAGCCGAAGCGUAUGGGUUGGUGGCAGUACCGCACCAGUACUUGGUUCCGAAGGAUGGUACACCGCUUGGUGGUUUGAUUCAGGAUCAUAUCGUGUCGGCCGUAAAGCUGUUCAUCCGGGGAAAGUUUUUCAAUCGGGAGGAUUAUCAGCAGCUGGUCUAUCAAGCGCUGAGCAACCACAAAGGUGAUAUUGAGCUUUUACCACCAUCGAUCCUGAAACCAGUUCGUUUGUGGUCUGGCAAGGAAAUUAUAUCGACCAUCCUCAAAAACGUCAUUCCCAAAGGCCAACCUUACAUUAAUAUGACGGGAAAAGCAAAACUUGGUAACAAGCAUUGGCAAAUAGUGCCUCCCCGUCCCUGGCAGUAUGGAGGAUCACCGUUGAAUGAUUCCGAGCUCUCCGAAUCGGAGGUGAUUAUCAGACAGGGAGAACUUUUAUGUGGAAUUCUCGAUAAGAAUCACUUUGGUGCUACGCCGUACGGUUUGAUUCAUUGCAUGUACGAAUUAUAUGGCGGUGUAUGCUCAACUAGCCUGUUGUCUUCGCUUUCGCGACUGUUUACCUACUAUCUACAGUGGGAAGGGUUCACUCUUGGCGUGAGAGAUAUCUUAGUUCAAACGAAAGUGGAUAAAAAGCGAUCGAAAAUAAUUCAAGAAUGUCGUGAAACAGCGGGCCAGAAGGCGGCAGCCGCAGCCCUCGAGCUCCCUACAGACGUUUCCCGCGAGGAACUCACGAAACGUAUGAUGGAGGCGUACGUUAAGAAUCCUAACUUCCGAGCAAUCCUCGAUCGGAAGUAUAAAACCGUGCUCGACUCUUACACCAAUCGGAUCAAUAAUGCGUGCCUUCCGGAAGGAUUGGUUAGCAAGUUUCCGGCGAAUAACCUUCAGCUAAUGGUACAAUCUGGAGCCAAAGGAUCCACCGUGAACACAAUGCAGAUAUCUUGCCUGCUCGGGCAGAUCGAGCUCGAAGGUAAGCGACCGCCAUUGAUGCUGUCGGGUCGCUCACUGCCGAGUUUUGCGUAUUUUGAGACUUCCCCCAAAUCGGGUGGGUUCAUCGACGGACGCUUUAUGACGGGCAUUCAACCGCAAGACUUCUUCUUCCACUGCAUGGCUGGUCGCGAGGGUCUGAUCGAUACGGCCGUCAAGACGAGUCGUUCGGGAUAUCUUCAGCGCUGCUUGGUGAAGCACCUCGAGGGCCUUUCGGUGCACUACGAUAUGACUGUGCGAGAUAGUGACGGAAGCGUGAUACAGUUUAUGUAUGGUGAAGACGGCAUGGACAUCGGGAAGGUACAGUUUAUCGGGAAUGAAAAACAAAUGCACUUUCUCGAUCAGAAUCGAGACGUGAUUGUGCCGAAAGAGAUUCUGGAGAAACUGACGCAGAGUAGCGAUCAGGAUCCAUUGAAAGAUGCCUUGAAGAACCAUAUUAAACGAGCGAAACGCUGGACGAAGCGUAACGAAGGGCUGACGUUGCAGAAGAGGACCCCGUCAGCCUUUACAGUAUAUUCAGCGGAAGCAGCAGAAUCCACCCUGGCAAAGGUUUCCGAUCCAAGCAAGUUGAAAAACUCCGGCCGCACGAAGCUAACGCAAAAGAUGCUUCAACGCUGGAGAAAAAUGAACGACAGCUCGAAACAGGAGUACGUUGAAAAAACACCGCGCCGUCCAGAUCCGGUAGCUGGCGUUUUUCGUCCCGAUGCUCAUUUUGGUGUACUAUCGGAGCGAAUAGAAGAGCUCGUGCGUAAAUACAAGAGAUCGCAUCGAAAACACAACAAUAUCGAAGAGCUGAUGCAGGUGAAGAGUAGUUCUUCAUUGGUCGCUCCUGGCGAGCCGGUUGGAGUGCUAGCGGCUCAAUCGAUUGGUGAACCAUCGACGCAGAUGACACUCAACACGUUUCACUUUGCUGGACGUGGAGACAUGAACGUGACCCUCGGCAUUCCGCGUUUGCGUGAAAUCCUUAUGACGGCCUCGGCCAGCAUUAAGACUCCGUCGAUGGAAAUUCCAUUUCUGCCGCAUCGGAAAGCGCAUCGAUUGAAUGCCGUAGCCGAUAAGCUGAGAAAAUCGCUCAAUCGCGUCACCGUUUCGGACGUACUGGAAAAUAUUCAUGUGCAAUCAAAAUUAGUGUUGAACCCAUCGCGCGGAAUGCGGCACACAAUUCGUUUCAAUUUCCUGCCCCAUGAUGCAUUCGAGCACGAUUAUUGCGUAACUCCCAAGAUGAUCAUAUCGCACAUGUCGCGGAAAUUUUUCAAAUUAAUGUUCAAUGCCAUUAAGAAAGCAGAAGCAGAAAAAAAUGUGCUAGUUGAAAACGAAAAUAUUCCAGUGAAAAAGCGGAAAGGAAAAUCUGAUUUUGAGACCGAGGACGAUAAAGAGUUGGAUUCGAUGGAACUUGGUGAGGAUAACGGUAAGGAUAAUCGCAACGCAGCGUUAUCCGAUAGUGACAGCGAUUCAGAUGGCAACGCUAGCGAUCCGGAUGCCGAUGCGACAGAUUCUCGGAAAAAGAGCAGAAAAUCCGAUAAUCACGCGUAUGACGAUGACAACGAGGAUGAUGAAGGCGACAAACCUCAGUCGGAUGAAAGCGAUGAAGAUAGCAACGACGAUCAGCCGAGUCCGAGUGCAGAUGAUUUGAACAAAACGGAAGAAGAUCAAGAAGCGCUUAUUGAAGAAUAUGAACAAGAGCAAGAAAAGGCACUAGAGCUUUCCUCGAACAAUGCUGCUUCCGAUGGGAAUUUAAAUGAAGCGCAAGAAAAUAUGAUUAUAAAGCAAGUGUCGCGCGAUGCGAAGAUGUUCAAGUUCGACAAGGUGAAUUACCAGUGGUGUCAGAUCACGCUGGAGAUGACGCUCAAGCUAAAGGAUGUAGAUUUUACAAAGCUGUUUCGCGAGGUGGCACGCAAAUCGGUUAUUUGGGAAGUACCAUCCAUUAAGCGCGCCAUCACCUACAUGCAGAAAGAUCAGUUGUAUCUUAAAACAGAAGGAAUUAAUAUGGCAGCUAUGACAGCACACGCUAAAAUUCUUGAUCUAAAUCGGCUAUACACCAACGACAUCCACGCAAUGGCCAACCGUUAUGGUAUCGAAGCGGCUUUACGCAUAAUUGUAAAGGAAAUUCAGAACGUGUUUAGCGUGUACGGUAUCGUGAUUGACCCCCGGCAUCUUCUGCUGGUGGCAGAUUAUAUGACAGCGGAUGGAACGUUCAAAGCCAUGAGUCGCAAGGGAAUGGAACACUCGGUCUCGCCGUUACAACAGAUUUCCUUUGAAUCAUCGCUGCAGUUCUUGAAGAGUGCAAUGCUUAAGGGAACAGGCGAUGCCUUAGAAUCGCCCUCAUCAGCUCUGAUGGUAGGUCAACCGUGCAAGAUAGGUACGGGUUCGUUUUCUCUUUAUUCGUCAGCAUUAAAAGACUUCGUCGAAUCGGACGGCAAAGGUGUAAAAUGUUAGAGAAUGCAGUGAAUGUUUGAUACAUGAUUUAUGUAAAUGGA